GUUUUCAUAUCCUACGAUGCUUGAACGGAAGCUCUACAAAACCAAGCUUUGCAUACUUUAUCAGAGAGGCCGUUGUCCCCGUGAAAGCUGCUCAUUUGCCCAUGGCGAUUCGGAGCUUAGGCGGCUCUCUGGUUCCUUUAAUGUAAGUUCUGCAGUACAUGUUAUGGUGGAGCACAUGGUAUUGACAUCAUCUGACUCCUCAGUCCACCUUGAGUAAUAUGGGAAAGAAUUUCUUUGAUGGUGAUAUAGCACAGAUUACUAUUGGAAGAUGUGGUCAUGGAAGGCCAAAUUUUAUUGGAUGGGAGAUGCUUUUAUAUAUUGUAUGUAAUUUAUGGCGCUGGGAAGAAAUCUGUAUGGUUCAGGUUUUCAUUGUUUUUCUUAUUGCUCAAGAAGGCAGGCGUAUCAUCCAUCCUUAUUAUAUGCUUCUUUGAUAUUCAAAGGGUUUUCUCAAUGGUAUGCUCAAACACGGUUAUAGACAUAUCAAUGUAUUUUUAUGAGAGCGUUUAUUUCCAUGGCCCCUUUGGAACUGGCAAGGAGACACUGUUACUGUUCAUUAUUUUCUCAUAUUGCUCCAUGUAAUGGUCGGAGGGACUAUGUAAGUAGUGAUUUGAGGGAUAAGCUUGACAGAGGGCAUUCUCCCCAGCAAAGAUACUCCCCAAGGAGAGAUGCCAGAGGCCAUCAAACAUUUCGCAGUCAGAAACGUGCCCCCUAUAAUAGGGGAUACAGUCGGUCAAGGUCCCCCUCUGAAAGGAGCAAGAAAAGAAAUGCGAAGAGGCAACAUUUAGAUGGCCGAAGUGAUAUUUCUGGAAGUCUUGAGGUUUCUGAUGGUGCAGAAGAUCGAGUUAAAGAAGGGAGGCGGACUUUUUACAAUUCUAAAUAUGUCCUUGAAGAGAAAUUAAAGCAAGUACAGUCGGAUAUUGAUUUGCUUAAUGACAGUAAAUCUCAACUGGAGAUCCACCUGGAGGAGAAGGUUCAAGAAGCUGACAGUCUUACUUCUAAAAUUGAUGAGCUGGAGACCCAGUUGUCCAGGGAGCAAGAAGAUUGUAAGAGGACUACUUCAAAAAUUAAGAAGUUCAUUAAAGCACAUAAUCGUCUUUCGCGGGCACAAGAGGAAUUAAAGAGGUCUCAAGCUCGACUCCAGAGGUUGGGCGAUCAGCUUGGUUCUGAUGCUUCAGGACCAGGUGCCAGUGAAGAGGAUUUAAGCAUCAAUAUUAUCAGUGAAGGAGAGCCUACUGAAAAUAAUGGAAUGAGCCCGAGGAAUGAGGUGCAGAAUCAUGCUACUCUGAGCAGGAAAAUGUUAAGGAUCCACCAAGGAGCUAGUGAAGAUUCAAAACAAGCUAAUUCAACAAAAGAAGGAAUAUUUCUGGCAAGAAAGGCCAGAUUAGAGAGAUUCACUCGGUUGGAUGGGUCAAUAACCCAAUCUAAUAAUGGCAAAGAGGCUGACUCUGUGAGAAAAAUUUCAGCAGGAAACAAUGGUUACAGAUCUGUUACGAAUGAUAACAAGCAGAAGCGAGGAAAAAUUGGUUCUCCAAGUAUUGCUUCUGCCGAUAAGGUGAAGGGUUCUGAAUUAGAGCAUAUGUUACCUUCAACUGGCAUGGCUGCUCAUGCAGUCGAUGACAUCAUGGAAGCAAGUGAAUUGGAGGAGAAAAUUGAGGUGGUGGAAGCUGCUGUUAUUCCCUUGGAGAAAGGAACUGCAGGUUUGCCAUUACUGCCACCCCCACCUCCAAUAGCCUCUAUAAACACUUACAAGCAGUAUGAGGGUGAUGAUGAGACUGUCGAUGUAGAAGCACUGGAUGUGGAUACGAGGGAUGUUGAUGUCAAUAGUGAAGUCGACAUUGAUUAGCUAUAGUCUUGUAGCUUCAAUUGCUCGCUUGGAAGUUGAAGAGGAUAAUCUGUUGAUACGUUUACAGUCGUUAGUGUUCCGUCUGAGGAGAUUGUCUGAUAGUCUUCAUAGAAUUCAGGGAAAUUUCUGUAGUUUCUUAAGUUUAUGGUCUGGAAAAAAUUUGAAUGAGAUUGAUCAGGACAAAUCUGUUUUAUAUGUAUAUAAAAUUUAGAUGGAACUGGUAUGCUCGAGGGAACGACUGGUGAGGGUUGGCUAUAUAGAUUUUUA